AGUGCCCUACUCGUUUUUGACAGCAAAGCUGUUUUGUUUUUAAUUUGUGAAAUUGAUAUUCAUACGUAAAUAAUAAACUCGGCUGCUGUUUCCAUGAGCGCAGAUCUUAAAAAGCUGCAUUCGUUAGUGAAAUAUCCCGUGCUGUAAGCAACUGCUGUGGUAUUGCCUCCCGGGAUAGAACAAAACCACACCCACUACACCAUGGAUUCGACGGGUGAUGACCCUGUUCCUUCGGGUGGUGCGUGUAUAAACUUCCUGGACCUUCCCGACUGCAUGAUAGAGCAUGUGCUGGAGUAUUUAACAUACGACGAGAUAGCCAAGAAGCGCAUUGUUUGUCGAAAAAUCGAUCGCAUCUGCCAAUCGCUGCUGAACCGAGGCUUCAUCAAGAUGAUCCGCAAGCACAACAUGAAUCUGAAAGCGAUCAAAUCCCAGCUGCCGAGGCGCGAAUCCGAACGGCGGAACCAUCCGCUUUCGAAGCAUUCCGACAUACUGACAUGCAUCGAAACACGCAUCUCCAUGCUCUCCAUGACGUACUCGAAGUUUAUCGAGAAGGAGCUGUGCUGCUUCAUACCGGGCAAGGUGAUCGACGAAGUGCUAAACAUUCUCGGCCUGAUCGAGAAUACGUCGCGCCCACUCCGGGCGCACGAGGUGUUGCAGGAGCUGCGUGACAUUUCCUCCAUGGCGAUCGAACAUUUCGACGAAAACAUAGCGCACCGGUUGAAGAAAAUCAUUGGCGUGCAGCACCAUCCCAAGCUCGGGAGCCACCACAGCUUACCAUUCCCGGCGGCCAGUUUCAUACAGCACGAAGUCAUGUUGCCAUGCGAUGUAAAUGGGGAAAAGUUUAUCAUACCGACGCUCACGCCCAUUUCCUCCCAGCAAACGCAGAAGCUGGGUGUCCCGUCAGCAGCCUCCUCAUCCUCGUCACCAUCAUCAGCUUCGUCCGCGGCACUCGGUGGCCUGUACUGCCAGAGUUCGUACAGUGCGAGCUGCGAAAACAACAGUUCGAUCGCGAGAAUUAAUCACAAGACGCGCAAAAUGCGGUACGACAUUAAUCGGAUCGAUCAUACGAUCUCUUCGUUCAAGGCGGAAAUGCGCAGCAUGCGCCUGAUGCUGGUACGGUGCGGUGCCGAGAUCAAGGAACUGCGCCGCCGCUUGGAAGAAUCGGAAACGAAAAAUCUCGAACUGUUGGCCAACAUCAAUCAGCUCGGCUUCGGUGCACCAUCGGUUGGGGCGGAACCGUCGGACGCGACGAGUACGGCAGCGAUCAAGCAAUGUAGCAUUAAGCCACGCGCCUGCACCAGCAUGCUGAAGCGGCUGUAUACGGACACAGAAUCUCAAUCAGCCAGUCCCACUGUUGUUGUGCCACCGGGUUCGGAAACAUCCGAAACGGACAGGGAAACCUCUCAGGAGCAGGAAUCGACGGGAGGUUCCUGUGCGGCCAAGCGGGUGAAGCUUAGCGAUUAGGACACGACCACAGCGAAACGCCUCCUUUUCAUCUCCCAUUCUUACUAACAACUUCUGUCGCUUUUUCUGUCGUCAAAUCUGCAAUUUCAAAAGCAAUGCGAAUCCAUGAGGGAAACGAUUCCACGUAUCCUACUACUGUAUCUCUAAAGAUGCGCUGUGUAGCGCAGGCCACACGGUGACCGUGCCGAGGCGGGUGUGGCAACAUGUAUACUAACUCUAGCUGGUAAGGAACCACCCUAUACACACACACACACACACACACCUACAUAUACCUCGUAAAGAAGGCAUGUACCGGCAUACUUUACCGCGCGCUACCGUUGCGAGACGUUGGCCGUACGAAUACGAUACGAUUGUGUAGGGCUAGUAUUUAAAUGCUUUUUUUACGGUACGAAUUUUUCUUCGUAGUUUAGAAUAAAACCCCCUGCAUUGCUACAUAUAUGUACGAAUUAAGAAGAACAAAAAUCCAACAUACCGAUUGCUUUGCGUAUCCGUUUUUUGGGGUGUACAUACGACGUCCUGCUCAGCCGCAGGAACACCGGCACAGAACCAAUGUUCGAUGUGAGUGCUGUUAAUGGAGAAAAUAAAAUUGAAAUUUAUGGAGCAAA